AUCCAGAGCAGAGAGCCGUGUAUCAGCUACUGCUGCUCAAUUCGCCAACAUCCAACUAGUCGAUUCCCCCAGAACGCUACCGUUAGAGUCCAGCCCCUCGGUCAGGUCUGAGGCUCUCCAUUCCUCCGGCUAUAUCAGUCCCAACCCGCCCAACUCCGCAACCUUUCUCUCAACCUCCAACUCACAAGGAUACUCGCCCUUCCCUCUCUUACCACCCGAGAUCUUGAACGCAUCAGAGUGGAACGAACACGAGGUACAUCACACAUCGGAUUCGACCCCUCUAGUCAGAGUGGACCCCGCCCAGGACUACUCUUCCAACCAGUCCUCUCCGCCACUGCGAACUGGAGCAAGCAUGAGGUGCGCUUCAAACAUUGUGCCAACCACUAGACUAUAAAGACCGUCUAACACUUCCUCCUUCUUCAGCACUGUUGCUAUUCCAUUUGACCCUUCAUUCACCAUGGGAAGCCGAUCAGCAUUCACUUGGCCUGGUCUCGACAACCCCGAAGCAAGCGGAUCACUACUCGGACACAACCUCUCUUCUCUCGGACAUCAUCACCAAGACGCCAGCCUCACACCCCCAAGUGGAUCCAGAUCAGUAACAGCAAGUCCACCACGGGGAACCUUGACGCCAGAGCAGAGGGAACUGAAGAAGCAGAGGGACAUGGCUCGUCGAGACUCCAAGACAUCAUCACGCGUCCACAGAGCUGGUAGCAACCCUUACAUUCAUUCGCCUCCCCUCAGCCUACCCGACGUCUCUUCAACGAUGGGCGUACCCGUGUACACGACAGCACCGGCGCCGAUUUCCCUCCUCGCAGAGCCAACAACGUCAAUGGGAUCAUCAUCAUACCUCCCAUCGUACAGCCCACCUCUAUCAGACCAUGGCUACCAGAGCGGGUACCCGCCAAUGGCUCAGGCCUACAGCAUGGGUGGCAUGGAUUACUCCAACCAGUUCCAACCACCAGCGCAAUACGGAAGCCGACACUCGAUGCCUGUUGGACAAGACACGAGCCUGAUGUACGGCGUACCUCCAUCGAUGGGUCCCGGAGCCCCGGACCAAGGGGGGCACGUCAGAGUGGUGCAGAGCCGGCCUAAACCUCAGUGCUGGGAACAUGGUUGCAACGGAAGACAAUUCUCUACCUUUAGCAACCUCCUGAGGCACCAGAGAGAAAAGUCUGGGCAGGCAACCAAGGCGACAUGCCCUAAUUGCGGCGCAGAAUUCACGAGGACGACGGCAAGGAACGGCCACCUUCUCCACGACAAAUGCAAGCAGCGCCGAAACACGUGAGUGCUGUUGGUUGUUGGAACCAGCAGCACGCGAAAGGGGAGAGAGAGCCAACAAUAACAACAAGAACAACAAAAGUCCCUUUUUUCCAACACACACGCAAGCCACGCAAGGACCUUACGGCCGUGCUAUUUGCGGAAGGAGGGGGGAAAAACCAGAUCCGUUUUACCAUUCGAACUGUACAUGUUUGGGGCAUUGGGCAUUUACUUGAAGAGGAAGCGACAGAAGCAGACGUGAGAGGAGAGUUACAAAAAUAUCGCUGGAAAGGAGGGGGAGUCACAUAGGUACAACAUGUCCAAUGAGCUUGUCAUUGGCACACCUUUUUUUUGGGCGGAGUUUAUUUUUGACAUUCUUUUUUUUCGGUUUGUCUGGGUU